AUGGCUUCCAGAAAUCACAGCUCGGUGGCGGAUUUCACCCUUAGUGGUCUCUCAAACUCCGUUCAAUUGCAAAUCAUAUUCUUUGUCCUAUUUCUGGUCCUAUAUUUGAUGACUUUAUCUGGAAACCUCCUUAUUAUGACAGCAGUUCAUAUAGAUCCAUGUCUACGUUCCCCAAUGUAUUUCUUUUUAGGCAACUUGUCAUUUUUGGACAUGUGUUAUUCAACUGUCACCAUCCCAAAGAUGUUACAUAAUAUGCUAUCAGAGAAAAAGACCAUCUCAUUUAACCAGUGCAUGUCUCAGCUCUUCUUUCUUCAUUUAUUCGGUGGCACAGAGUGUUUUCUGUUGACUGCUAUGGCAUAUGACCGAUACGUGGCCAUUUGUAAUCCACUACGGUAUCACCUUGUCAUGAACCACAAGUUCUGUUAUUGGUUGGUGGCCUUUACUUGGCUGGCAGGUUUUGUACACUCUUUCACUCAGGCUUUUCUCACCUACCUGCUGCCAUUUUGUGGUCCCAAUAAAAUCAAUCACUUCUUCUGUGAUGUCCACCCGCUUGCUGUGCUGGCCUGUUCUGACACUUUCUUUAUUGAUAUCUUUAUCAUAGCCAAUAGUGGGAUGAUUUCUCUCACUUGCUUUGUGGUGUUGCUGUUUUCCUACCUUGGUAUCAUAACCACAAUCGUAAAGAUUCGUUCAUCAGAAGGGAGACACAAGGCUUUCUCUACAUGUGCCUCCCACCUCCUGGUAGUUACAUUCUUCUUUGGACCCUGUGUGUUCAUCUACUUGAGGCCACCAGUGAAUUACUCAGUAGAUAAGUUAGUUUCUGUGCUCUAUACAGUACUGACGCCUCUGCUUAACCCUAUUAUCUACACUCUAAGAAACAAGGAGGUCAAGAACGCUAUUUUGAAAAUGAAUAAUUAG